CGCGGAAGUACAGAAGAUUGGAAAAUAGAGGUUAUGCUGCAUCGAGCACGGCAGGUGAAGGAGACAUUUACCUGUAAAUACAGUAAUACAAGUACAGCCAUGAGCUGAGGCUCCCCAAACCCGCCUUUCUCAAUGAUGAACGACAAGUUGGUGUUCCUGGGUCUCCUUUAUUUCAUCCAGGGCAUUCCUUAUGGCUUGCAGUCGUCUUUGCUCCCGGUGUACCUGCGCGGCGCCGGCCACUCCCUCACCCGCAUCAGCCUCACCAAAAUCCUCUAUUUCCCCUGGGUGCUCAAGGUACUCUGGGCCCCUCUGGUGGACCGGACUGGCACCAAGCGCUGCUGGUUAGUGGGCACAGUGGCUGGUCUGGCCCUCACCUGUUUGGUGAGCGCUACCAUCUCACCUGAUGUUCAGUACAUGGGUGUAGCGGGCUCACUGCUCGCUAUGAACGUGCUGGCAUCAGUGCAGGACAUUGCGGUGGAUGGGGCGGCCGUGCGGCUGCUCAGGGGUCAGGGGGAGCUGGGUCUAGGGAACACCGUGCAGGUGGUGGGGUACAAAGCUGGAUCUGUGUUUGCUGGAGGGGGGCUCCUGGCUGUGAUUGAUGUUGCAGGUUGGGGCUGGAUGUUCGCACUGCUCGCCUGCGUGUACGGUGGUGUUGCUCUGUUCGUGUGGGGCGCCCCAGUGUUGGAUGGAGAGUCGGCACGGGGACAGGGAGAAGGACGGAGAGGGUCGAAGGAUGUGAUGCAGCCGUGGAAGGUGUGGAGGAAGCUCUUGUCUGUGCCAGGAACGCCAUGGACGAUGUUCUACGUUCUCACUUAUAAGCUAGGUGAGCAGGGGGCUAUCACCAUGUUUCCUCUCUUCCUACUGGACCACCACAUGACGGCUAGAGAGCUCGGGGUGUGGAACGGGGUGGUAGCCAUGGCGUUUUCCAUCUGCGGCUCAUCAAUCGGGGGCUUCUUGCUCUCUCAAUACAGUGUUGGCCUGCUAAUGAGACGUGUGUUUAUGAUGCGGACUGUCAGCAUGGUCUUCCAGAGCUCACUUCUUGUAGUGCUGGAGCCCUCGCCCUUGAUGAAAGGUAUGGCAGUGCUGAGUCUGAGUUUGCAGCAUUUCAUAGCAGGUCUCAUCACCACUCUGACUUUCACCACAAUGAUGAACUGCACACAGAGAGCCGAGGAGAGCAUACAGGCCACCCACUACAGUUUUCUGGCCACUCUGGAGGUCCUGGGGAAACUGAGUUUUAGUGCCCUGGCUGGAGGUAUGGUGGACACUGUGGGCUUUCCCAUAGCCUUCAUCCUCUUCCUCUUCCUUACCUCCAGCAGUGCCCUGCACGUGUGGAGAGCCACAGAGACUGGCGUCCUGAAGGAGCAGCUCAAAGAGCAGCCACAGUGACCAGAGUUAGCCUGCGAGAGAGAGCGAGAAUGUCUGGGUGAAGAUACUGGUGACCAAAUAGCCAGUGUUUUUAUUUGUAUUUAUUUAUGACUCAACCAGCAUUGACGUGACAAGAGCCACACAAGCACUCUCACUAAAAGCCAGUACCUCCCUGAAAAACACUACAAAUGCUUAACAGUUACAUUGCACCUCUACAGUAAACUAGCUUUAAAGGUACUUGCUUUUCAACAACAAGUCAUCCUGAAUGGCAAGCAGACUGAGCUAUGGCAACACUGUGAACAUGUCAUCCAGUCUGCCUGAAGAACAACAGUCAAUCAUUUAAAAAAGAAUUAAUAACAAAACACGGUUAAUCCGUUGUCUUUGAUAUAACGGACAGUGACAACUGUAUAUUUCAAUACAAUUUUACUGGUUAUAAAAAAUCUAAAGCUUGUUUAAGGGUCUAGUCUAGUCUGGUUUAGUUAUACACACCCUAGUCAUUUACACAUUUCCUUACAUACAGCAUGUAUUUGCCUUAGAAUUGCCUUUAGUUUUUAAUCUGACACCGUAGACACACUUGCAGCAAAUUCCAUCAGUUUACUGACCAAUCAGAAACAUAAUACAUUUUGCAAAUUUGGGAGCAGUAUGAGCAUUGAAUUAGGGUACUAUGCUUAGUGGAGUGCAUUUUUGUAUUCUCAGUGCAAUACUUGUAUUAAAGAGGUCAUAUCAUAUAGCCUUUUAACAGUAUUAUACAUCACCUCGGUGUUAGCAGUUUGACCAGAAAACUUAACUUCAAAAGAAUUAAUAAAAGAGUAAAGGUUGUCAAACACCUGAAAAUCCUAAUCCUCCCUAAAAUUAUUAGAAAAUGUUGCCCAGCAGCAAAUGUGACCAAACAGUUUAAUAUUUUACAUAUCAAGAUGGUGUUUGCACAUCUUAAAGGCACAGCAGCAAAAUCCAGGGCAGAAAAUAGUCUUGACAAACUGAAUAAGGACUGUUUUGGUGCUGAAACCUUGACUAACAUUCAAAGUGGACCUCAGGGAAAAAUGAUUUGAAAAAGUAUGAUAUGACCCCUUUAAUGUCUUUUCAAUACUAAACAUUGAAACGGUUAAACUCAUCAAGCUCAUUUUUUUGAGCCGGUACAUGUAUUUGUUUGAAAUGUUUGUUUUUGUAUGAGUUGUCUGCAUUUCCUAUGCAAUAACACAAAUUUAUUCAUGGCUAUUACAUACAACUUCUUCUUGUACCUGAAAAACAAACUUUGUUUAAAUAGCCUUACUUUUAUUUUAUUUUUUGUAAUUUACUGCAGAGCCAAAACAUGUGGAAAGAGAUAUUGAGACUGUAGGUAUAUGUGUGGGAUUUGCCAUAACUAAUGUUUAAGAUGCCUUGAAGCUAUAAUUAUUUGUACAAAUGUCUGUUUCGGAGGGGUAUUCAAUUUCAAUUGCUAAAAAAGCAUCAAAUAAGACUGCAAAUAUACAUGUAUAUAGUGCAGUUACAGUAUAUAUUUUCCAAUCCUGUUAAAAGCAGAAAAAUAUUUAAAUAUUAUUAAUGCACUACAGUGUCAUUUUGCUCUUGGUUUCAUGCUAACAAUGCUUCCUUUUUUUUUUUUCUUCUUUUUUUGGUUUUCAUUAGUAUUCUUGGCAAAAUAGAAUCAGACAGUCCCAAUUAAAUACUACAUGUUAAAAAUGGUUAAAAACACAUAUAACCUAAUGAGAUAAAUGGAGUAGGUAUGGAGAAUUGGUGGUUAUUUUGUCAUUAAAUCCUCUGAUAAGCAAAGCCCUUUCCAAACAAGGACUAUUUUUGGCAUUUUAGCUUAGACUACAGGAAACUCAAAAAUAAAAGCUAUUACUGAA